UCCUCCAGAACCAGCAGCGAUGAAACGCUCUGAAAGGCCUCCUCGUCCAUUCAAUGCGCCUUGUCAAGGUCCAUGGAGUUUGACAACGAACGGCUUCCUUUUAUCGAGAAACAGGAUGAAGCUGUGGCUCCCCAUGCCGAGGAAGAGUUAAUACAACUGACGUGGUUUCACGUGACUGUGCGUGGGGGCGAACCGAGGCGGAGAGGGGCAGCUUCUCAACCCGCGCGGCCCAAGUCAUGACCGGCUAUUCCUUCCUUCUCUCGAAGCCCAAACGUCAACCCCAUGCCAUGGCAUGGCAUGGCCUAGCAGUAAGUAGUGGGGCUUUCGGUUAAUGGAGACCAGAGGAUCAGUGCGAAUGAACCAAUACUGCUGGCCUUGGGAAAAGGGCCCGAGGGUCAGAGGAAAAGGGUGAAUGGGAGGAGUGGGGGGUGGUGGUGGUGGUGGUCGAAAUGGAAUAGAUUAGGUCUUUGAUGGCAAUGAGUGUGGCUUCCUACCCUGAGCCCCGAGGGCAGCAGGCCAUGCCUAGUAAAGAUGGCCAAAGCACUUCUUGCCUUGUCCUUCUGAUUAAGACCCCUCCUCUCUACUACUGCUGCUGCCUUUGCUGCUACGCUCACAUUCCCUUCCUCCUCCACUCACUUAUUCUUCUCAACCACCAUUCCCUUUCCUCUACCUCUCCUAUAUAAACCUGCUGCUCCAGUCGUCCCUUUUAAGUUAAGAGCACAACAAUGAUGGAGGAGUGCAUGAUGAAGCGGCGCCAGGUUCCAGCAUUUGGGUACUGGGAUUACUGCGACGAGCUCCCCGUCACCCAUUACUUCGAGCUGCAGGCCGGGCUGAUCCGUGGUCAUUAUUAUGGUGAUCAUGAACAUGAGGGCGUCUUCAGUGCGCCGACUCAUACAGCACCAGUCUAUCAACACCACCAUAGAAAGGCCAAGAAAGUUGGUAAUGCGACGGGGGAUCAUAAACCGUACGCGAAAGAGCAAAAGGGGAAGCAAGUGAGGGUCGUCGCUGAUCUCAAACAGCAAGCGACUCCGAGAAGGUCCAGAGCAUCCAAGGCUGUAGACGAGGACUUGUACAAGAUCCCUCCUGAGCUCCUGUGCCAAAAGCCCAAGAGGAAGAGGUCGUUGAAGAACUUGUGGUCAGGAUGUAUGGGACUCAACAGCGGUCGCUUAAGAAGCUAAAGACGGACGUAGCUUUUUGUGUGCUUCGGUUGUUGCUGUUGUUUCCUAUCUUUCUUUUGGUCAGUUGGAUGGGAUAUAACAUCGAACUGAUUACUACUAAAAUGACAAGUAUCUGUGUUGCGUAUCUACCUACACGGUGGAAUUUAAUGUAAGAAUGGACAUCGAUGUGAUAUCGAUCUACAUUUACCAGUA